AUGCGCGCGGCGAUCUCCAGAAGCGGCGUGGACGAUGCGUGCCGGAGCUACGCGCGCCUCCUCAAGGAAUGCGGUAGGCUGGGGGAUUUGGCGCAGGGCAAGCGCCUCCACGCGCAGAUCCGCGAAUCAGGGCUCCUGCUCGACGAUCGCGAGGAGAGCGGCGCGCGAUUCCUGGGCAACUGCCUCGUCCAAAUGUAUGGCAAAUGCGGCAGGACUGACGAGGCGCAGCGCGCAUUCGACUCCAUCGCGCACAAGAACAUCUUCUCCUGGACGUCGAUUCUCGUGGCGUACUUCCACGCGGGCCUCCAUGCCCAGGCGCUGGAGAGAUUCCACCAGAUGAUCAAGGCCGGCGUGGAGCCCGACCGACUUGUGUUCCUGGCGGCUCUCAACGUGUGUGGCAUCCUCAAGCGGCUCGAAGACGGUGCCGGGAUCCAUCGCCAGAUCCAAGACAAGCUGCUGGAUUCCGAUUUGGAGAUCGGGAAUGCGCUGGUCAGCAUGUAUGGGAAGUGUGGGAGGCUGGAUCUCGCCAAAGAGCUCUUCGAUUGUUUGGAGAAUGGGAGGAGAAGAGAGACUUGGGGGCUUCUUCGAUCCAUGGCGGUGGAAGGGAUAAAGCCGGACAAGCUUUUGCUCCUCACGCUGCUCAACGUUUGCUCCAGCCGGGGAGUUUUGGACGAGGAUAGCUGGAUGGCUCACGACUAUAUCGUCAAACAAAAAGAAACGAUCGAGUCUUAA